AUGAAAACAAAAACUAAUGAAACGAUUGCCAAAAGACUGCGAAACGAAAUCAAAGGAUUGAAAGGACUGUUGAAAUGGAAACAAAAACUCAUUAAUAGUUUGCGACAAAAGACCAAACGUUUGGCCCAACGGUGCAAAUGUGGACCAAAUGAAGACCAGAGGAAGCGGUUGAUUGAGUUCUGCGACCGAAUGGACUCUUCGGCCAAAGAGUUGACCGAAAGUGAGAUCCGAUUGAUUGUCUCGGAGAGGAGAGCCGUCAAGACUCAGCAGUUUUUGCUGAAGAACUCGGGAACCGUUGAGAGAGUCGACAAAAACACGUAUUUGUGUCUCAAAUGCGACAAAAGUUUUGGGUUUUUGUCUCAAUUGCGAAGACAUCUGAUCUCUCACUCGGACGACAAGAAUCGGUUUGAGUGCCAGAAGUGUCACAAACGGUUCAAAUGGAGGGAAGGGCUCAACAAACACGUCAUGUAUUCACACGACAACCUCCGGCCCAAUAAGACUGUCCACUGUAUGGCCUCCGAGUGCGACAAACGCUUCAGACAUGUGUUUGAAAUGAAUGAACACUUCCGGCAAAAGCACUCCCGAUGUCCGCGAUAUCGGUGUCAAUACACGGACUGCGCGGACAGUGAGGGCUUUGUGAGCAAACAGGAGUGGGAACGACACGUCCAGUUGGAGCACAUGAACGCACAGCCCCUCCAUCGGUGCCAACUCUGUCACAAAGACUUCAAAUGCGAGUCAAACCUAAUUAAACACCAAAACGUGAAACACUUGCGGAUCGAGUCGUUUGAAUGCAAUGAAUGCGAGCAGAGGUUUGUCACCAAACCUAAGCUAUCGCUGCAUGAGUUCAACGCUCAUAACAAAGCAAAGACCUACCGGUGCGAGUGGCCGGCCUGCGAGUUCUCCACCGUAUAUCACAAGUCCAUGAAUCGGCAUAAACUGAUCCAUACGAAUACGCGUCCAUUUAAGUGUGACUGGACUCAGUUGGACAGUGAGGGACAGCCUGUCGGACAGCCCUGUGGGGCCGCUUUCAAGCAAAUCAAUACACUUAAGAUUUAG